CUGAAGGUUUCGUUUUCGGCGAAGAGCGUUUUAUAAUUUGAGACUUAACAUUUCAAGGUGAUCUACUUGCAGAUGCACUACGUUCGGCUGAAAGCGCCGAAGAACGACAAGGUAAUCAUAUUGUUUGCCUUUACGUUUCAUGAUAUUAAAUGAAUAAAACUCAAGAAAGUGUCAUUUUUGGACUUCACUUUUCUAUCCAGUUUAUCAAAUAUCUUGGUAGACAAUUAAAAAGAGAAUUUCUUACCCCACUAAUUUUUUUGCUCCUACUAAUAAUUGUUACUGGUUUUUAUGAAUAUUCUGCUUAUCAAAUCGGAUUGAUAUCCUCCAACUUUUUUGAUGCUUUGACUACCAAAAAUUAUGACAGAUUUAUAUGGACUUUAAAAUUAUCAAUAAUGUAUAUAUUUUGUGGCUCUUUGGCUCUAGGUGUACAAAAUAUGGUUGUGGGACAAUUAUCGUUAAUAUUACGUGAAAUUUUAACCAAGAAUUUACAAAGUCUAUAUUUUAAACGGAAAAAUUACUAUGUUGUAAAUACUCUUACUGAUUUAGACAACCCUGAUCAACGUCUUACUCAAGAUAUCAAUUUAGCUUGUGACCUGCUGACCAAUAUAAUUGUAUCAAUAACUGUGAAUCCAAUAUUAGUCGUAUUCUAUACAUAUCUAUGUGUACAAAAAGCUGGUUGGUUAGGUCCAGUCUCAGCUUAUAUCCUAUUCAUUAUAUUUGCAAUAAUUUCGCGAUUCCUCGCCUCUUGGAGUUCGCGUGCUUCAUUUGAACGUCAGAAACAAGAAGGCAAUUUUAGGUUUGUUCAUACAAAACUAAGAUGCUCAGUCGAAAGUGCUGCAUUUCUUGAUUUGAGUGAAUCAUUAAAUGCCAUUUCAACGAAUUUAUUCAAUCGGUUAUUUCAUGCUGUACGAGUUUUUAUUAAUCGUAAUGCUGUAUUAUUUUAUGUAACACAACUUAAUGCAUAUUGUGGUGGUGUAGUAAAUUAUGUCGCUCUUGGAAUCAUUCUGUUCAAUGGUCCAAUUCGAACAAUGUCGGCAUCUGAAAUCACUGUUCUUAUUAGUCAGUUUUCGUUGUUGCUGAUGCUGCUACUUGAACUUUUUUUCUUGACAAUCCACAUCUUGUAAAUUCUAACAGUUAAUCCCCUGUUGAUUUUACUGUGUUGUAUCAUUGAAUUUGUCUGGUAUGUGGUUUAUGGCUAUGGUCAGUUGAGUGUGUUAUCUAUAUAUGUAUGUAUAGACAAGGUAGAUAAAUGUUCUUACCUUACUAUCACGCCCCUGUAUUAUCGAAUGAUAAGUUUUGUUGAAUUCAGUUCGUUCGAAAGUGGGGAACGUAAACAGGUAAUAGUAUCACGGGUUCGCAAAAUCCAGUAAAUAAAAAUAACAACGACGAUUGUCUUAUUAUCUAGUUCUUAAUGCUAAUCGAACUCUAUUUGAUCACCUUUGCAAUGUGGCCAUUAAGCUGAAUGAAUCGGCAUUUCUGUGUCCUUUGUCUGAUAUUCGAUAUUUGGAGGCAAUUGGUAAAAUAAUCCGGAAUAUUGGUUUCUUACUAAUUGGGGACCACAAUAUUUCGGUGGUAAAGUUGUCUUUGACCGCCACACUAGACGAUUCAAAUUCGAAUCUCCAGAAAGUUAUCAUCAAUUCUUGUUAAUGAGUACCAACCACUACGAAACGGACCUAGUAGUCCAUUUUCUCAGUAACCAUCUGACAGAAAAGGAAACAAACCAGGAUAGUAAUUUUGCGCUACACAAUUCAAGCACUUAAUUCAACUUUUUAGUAUGUUCUUGGGGAAGAAAGUUUAAUGUCUAAAUUAAUGAUCUAUUUCUAUGGAAUUCCGAAGUCUUCAUUAAUCAUGAAGCCAAGUUACUAAAAGGUCCAUAUGAUAAUUUUGUCACAUUUCUUUCUGACGAGAAACACUUCCAAUGAUAUAUUGAUUAUUGUUGACUGAUUGGUGGAUUAAAAAACCUUUGUUCCUGAUUUCUCUGUCUAGUUGGUGUGUCGUAAAUUUCAUAGUCUAUAUGUGGUGGAUAAAUUCCAUAAAUAGAUCAACGAGAAACGCAAAAAAUUAAUCUAAUAUUGUUAAGUAUUUCUAAAGACUAAGUAUUUAGAUUGAAAUUCAACAAAUAUUUAGUUAUUUAUCUAGAUCUCGAGUUCGGGAACAAAACGCUAAUCUAUGGACUCAAUCACGUAAUUAUUGAGGCGGUAACUCACAAAUGUCAUUACUGUAUAAAAAGUCAAUUGAAGUUGGAAUUUUGCACCAUUAAGUUUCAGUUCAGUCAUACCGUGUUUACCUGGACAUAUGUCCUGGAUUUAACCCUGUUUACUGGGUGCACAUUGUUUAUGAGUUUUAAAUCUAAAUAAGAUUGCAACUUAGUGACUUUUCCUUCAUUUUAAAAUUAUUUCUCAAUGAAUAUUACUUCGAUUUUUGGUGGCUCAGUUGUUACGAUACUCAAAUUACAACUACUAAGCCACAGUUUAAAAUCCGCCUCUACCUAUUUCAGUUUAAACAGUCGAGUAUUAACACUAGCCCUUAUAAUUGAAGAAUGGCUCAAAGUUAAAGAUGCAAAGAUUUGUACCUAUCAAUUGAGUAUUGAAAAUGUUUGCUGCAAAAUUAUGAAUGCAGUUCACAAAAAAAUCUAUUCUAUUAUGUGGUUUGGUGUAGUUGGGAGAAGAACCUAAACUUAUAUUUUGUCCAUAUCUACACUAGUCAUGCUACUUAUUGUCUAAAAAUAAUGAUUAUUUUUGUGUUAUAAUUUUUUUCCUAUGAAAAUAAAUAUUAAAGUAGUAUCUUUUUGUUCUUUUCCUUAUUUUCUCAAAUACACACAAAUAAUUCUAGACUAGUUUCUUUCUUCUGUAUUUAAUUAAUAAAUUAACAAAUUUAAUUAAUUUAUCUACUGAUAUUGCUCAAUUAGUUGGUGUUGGACAUCGCAUUGUAAACUUGGACAAAUAUUUAAGAGAAAUUAAUUUAUAUGAUACUUCAGCUGCUUAUAUCACAUCUUAUCAAACUCAAUGGUUAUUUAUUAGAUCAAAAAUAUUCAGCCCCAUACACGAUAUCAUUGACAGGGAUAAUAAUUGUUUACUGGAUGAUAUUGUUUUUCAAAUCAAUCAUGUAUCAAUAUGUAUUCCAUUGAAUCCUAAUAAUGUUUUAAUUCAUGACUUAUGUUUAACUAUUAAAAAGCAUGAAGCCCUACUUAUCACUGGUCCGAGCGGUGUUGGUAAAACUGCUUUAUUUCGUGUUUUAGCUGGUCUAUGGCCAGGUCUCAUCUUAAUGAAUAAUAAUUCAGGGAAUAAUAAUGCAAUCAAUUCAUUAUAUCAUUUCUAUCAGUCGGAUAAUUUCCGAGUUGUUUUUAUUCCACAAGUAUUAUACAUACCAUGGAUGACAAUUCAAUUAAAUAAUGAAUUUUACAAGUUAUUAACAAGUUUACAUUGUUUCAUGAUGACAUCAAAUUCAUUAAUAUUAUCGAAUGUCCGUAGAGAACUACAUUUGUGUUAUUUAUUAUUGAAUAUAGCAUAUUCUUUCGAUAGUCAAUCUACUGGUGGGCUUGAUGCUAGAGCUACAACAUUUGAUAUUGAAAAUUCUGAAGCAAGUAAGUAAUUACUUUCAAUAGAUUCUUGUUUUCUAUUCAUCCAAGAUUGUUCUCAUUUCAGUGUGAUAAUUGCUUAAAACUCAUUAAAAAUUGAGGACAUUAAACAGUUGAUUUUCCCGAUUCAGAAUUUCUUCACUGGAUGGAUAACCGUAAUCCCCCACCUACCCUUUAUACAGGAUUUAUUCUAAGACUCUUUAGUUAUAGACUUUCGAAUCGAAAUCUAGUGAAUUGGAUUUCUAACUUUAAUUAACUCGAAAUACAACUCAAUAAUCUCCCAAUAUCACUUAUUGACGGCUGACUCAGUCGAGAUAUGGCUGGCUACACAGGCUAAGAUUUCCCAGAAUAACUUCUGAAUAUUCAGUUCGUAAUUGUUAACGUAGAAUCUGUGUUCAUUAGUGAUUCUGAAGUUAGCUUGUAAUGAACCCAUAAUGUUUAUUGUUUAUUAGUUGGAUUAUGGAGAUUAGUUCAAUUUCGAUGAUAAAUCUUAUCCUAGGUUGUUUGGAGAUAUUUUAAAACGCGAGGACUAAACACAUGCCCAGUACAUUCUAUCAGUGUCUCGUAAACAAUGUUUGAAUUUUGUUAGACUUCCAAUCUUCGAAUAAGAAAAGAUCUUAUCAAGACUCACUUGGGAAUAUGCCUUAGUUUGGGCAUAACGAGCAAAGUAGCUGAGUAUGAUGAUCGGUUUAUUUAUAUAAUAAAUCUCAUCAUCUGACAAAUACAAAUGCAGAAGACAUCCAAUUUUUGUCGGCUUAUCCUUCGUUUUAUAUACAAGAUGUUCACUUACGUAUCUAUCAAAAAGCGAGUAUACUGUCCAGAAGUUUUCGUGCCACUGGGUGACUAUAAAAUUAAUUUUCAGCCGUAGACUUCUUUUAACCGUAAUUAUUUUAUAGUAUUUCUAGCAUCUGAUCCCUUUUACCAAUUUGAAUAAAACCAGAAUAAUAUGAAUGCCUUAUAUUUUGUGGUUUCGCAUCAGUUACUUAAUGUUUAUUUUGUUAUUCUAACUAAAUUCAUUAUUAUUUCAUGUAUGCCAGAACCAUUCUUUCAUUCAUCGGCUUUUUCACUCAAUUCUCUAAACUUACUCCCUUAUCCCUUCCUUAGUUUGUGAUUUCUAUCUUCAUAUGACCUCACAUAUUUUCAUGCACAUAUAUAUAUAUGAGUCAUACAUUAACGCCGUGGGAUAUCGAAUUAGUGGUCUAGAGGUUGUGUUCGCGCGAAAUCGAAAGUUCUGGGUUCGAGCCCACUUGUGAGAUCGUGGGUGCGCACUGCUGAGGAGUUCCAUACUAAAAUGGAAUAGUCGUCCAGUGCUUUUAAGUUCUCAAUGGCUGCCUAGCUUAGAUUGACCAGUGAUCUUAACUGUGGAAAUACUACAAUCUCCACAAAUCCCCGAACAGCUAUAUAUAUACCUCAAAGUUACACUACAAUACACCAUUUAUUUGUAAGCAGCUGAUGAGAAAUCAAGAAAAAUAUUAACUUCCUAUUAUCGUCCCCUAAUAUAAUAUUUUUCUUCAAAUUGCCGCUUGGUCAACCACGAAGUGAUUAAUGCUGAAAUCUGAAGUAUAGUUCUAUGUGAAAUGAUCGAUCAGUCAAUGAAGUGCAGUAUUAAGUCUUGCCCACAAUAAUUCGGAAGAUAACGAAAGGGUGAGUAGAUUCGAAAACAAUAACUGGUUCAGUAAAUUGACUAUAGGUAUCCAUCAAAUCUAUGUAGCGUCGUAAAAUCACCCCUAUGUACCAAAAUCAGACAGAUCGUAUUUGUGUAUUUCAGAAAUCAACAUUAGAAAUCUGAACCCCUUCAAAAUCAUUGUCAAUCACAAACCAACACAUUCACUUCAACUGAAUGAUAGACACAACAGUGCAAAAAGAUAAAUCCAACACCACUUACAAAAUAAAUUUUACCAAGUGAGAGUGACAGAACAUUGGAUAAAUUGGACAUCAAACUCACUUGAUCGUACACACAUUUCGACUUGUGAUGAAACAAUACGGUGAUAAAAAAAUAGUCGUAUUAAUGCAUUUAGACAACCAUAGGUGCGAAUUCAAUUGAGAAAAUGUCGAACCUGUGGAGUGAAGCGAUUCUGUGUAUAUUGAGUAAUUUUGAGGUUUGUGUAAUUGAGAUAAAUGUUUAUAACCACUAGACAUCUACCUAAUUAGUCACUUCAUGAAUAAAUGGUGUGAAGUGAAUCUGAAAAGUUAGUGAUGAAUAGGAAUGUUAAGACAAACAUAUUGAUAAAUACAGAUAAACAAAGUGUCAUCGAAUUUAAGUAGUCACAAACAUUAUUAUCAAAUUUGGAUUGAUAUAGUGCCAUUAAAUCUUCGUUUUUUAUCCGAUCAAUAUAUAUUUGUUAUGUCUUCGGGAUGAACGCCACUUGUUAUAUCUGGUCGCUGCUGUUUAUUUUAUCGGAAUCGUUUAUUACUUACAUUUGUAAAAACGAGGAACCACUGCAAUUCUCACAAUGCAAAAUUAAGAACACACACACGACUAUGACGGCGACGACGACUAGUCGAAAAUACACUGACUUAUAUAUUGAUUGUACACCCAUUUUGAUUAAUAAUUAGGAUGAAAUCACAUAUAUGAAAAAUACUUAAAGUCAUAACAAAUCACGGACUGAGCAUAGUUCAUGUCAAUGGAAUACAAGAAUAUCGUAUGUUAUGCAGAAUAAAAUAUCAUACGAGAAAACAAAAAUACUACACACUGUAAUUAUCACAUUAAAUCAAGACGGAAGUAAUGUUGAACAAAAAGUAUUAGCAAUUCAAAUUUAAAAUUGUCAAAGAAAUGCAUUCUCUUAUUGUAUAUCUGUAUUUUCAUUAUUUACUGGUUUAUGUAUAACUCUGUUAUUCAGUUUGAAAACAUCUUGUUUCAUGAUUAAAUAGUUGUACUUGUUGUUCGCCGUGAUAACUAAAUGUCACAUUUUAAGUUACUGGUCGUAUUAAAAGUUAAUCGAUUCACUAAGAAUAAUCUAUUGACAUAGAAGUUUAUUAUGCUUGUUUUCUACAUUGGACUCAGUAGUCCAUUGGAUAACUCGUUGACAUUUAAAACAGAAAAUGUAAACAGCAACACAAGAAUCCACAUAUAUCUGGCUAAUUGUUCCUAAAUAAAAUGAAAUCCGGGUUUCGAAUUCAACUGUUAGUCAUUGUUUAUCCAGUCCCAUUCAAGAUAAAUUAUUAGGGAGAGUUUAUAGACUUAUAGUCAAUCAGUCAGUCAGCUACAACGUAGGACCAGGCGUAUAUAUUGUAUCGGUCCAAGUUGCCUUACCGCAUUAGCACAGCAUGAUGAACACCGGAUUCAUAGAAGUAGUUAAUUCAAUGGCAGUAAUAUAGAAAAGAAAGAUUGCAUAUAAGGAUAUAGUAUAAGAAGAAAGAAUUAGUACGUAGAAGAAUAUGAAGCGAUUUUAAUCUCAUAGUUUAAGGGAAGAUAGAGAGUGUAUACACCUACGCCAUUGUGAUCGAUUCUGAGUCAUGUCACCAAGAGUCUCCAACCAUUGGUUACGAUAGUCACGCGGACCCCAACCAGGUAGUCUGCAUCUACCAACACAGCUCAGACCGGAAGUUAAUGACUUCAAGCACUGAUGCCACGUUUUGGUUUGGUCGCCCCUAACUUUCUUCCAACCAUCCUGAACACCGGUUAGCAUUGCAUUCCGUGGUAAACAAUGUUCAGGUAUACGUAACACGUGGCCCAACCAUCUCAAUCGAUGAAGAUUACCAUCAUUCCUCAAUACCAUGUGUCUAACCUCAUGAUUAUUUACCUGGUGAUCCCAGAAGAUGCGAGCAAUAUUUCUAAGGCAUCUGUGGUGAAAUACCAGUGGCUUACGAGUAUCUUCAACUCUUCUUAAUGACCAUGUUUUGCAGCCGUAUAGUAAAACAGAACAAACUGCCAAGCAGUAUACUCGUUGAUGAAUAUGUUCAACUAGAGAACAAUAUUAAUCAAAUUAUUUUUCGAUUAAUUUCUUUACAAAAUGAUUCACUCAAAUUAUAGCAUUGACUUACCUCUUGAUGUAUAUAAAUAAGGGUUUAACUUCUAGUCUAUCAUUCUUUUCAUUGUCUUCUAUUUUAUUUCAUUUUAAAACUAGACUUAACUAGUCAUAAUUCUACAAGAAAACAAAAUUCCAAAUGUUCAAUUUGUUAUUAUAAUCUGGAUUCUUUCGAAAAAGCCUUAAGUUUACUCGUUGAAUUUCGUCUUAUCAAAUUAGAACAAUGUAAUACAUUAAAACAAAUUCUUAAAUUAUAUUAUAACAAUGAAAAUAAUAAUGGUAAUAAUACUAUUAUUGAUGAUGGUAUUUAUUCUAAAAAUCAAUAUCAAAUUCCAUUAUUAACUGAUAUUUGUUAUAAUGGUUGUUCUGUUAGAUCAGAGAAAUCCGAGUAUGAAUUUGAUUCGUAAGUUGAUCGAGAUGAAUGAUCUGUUUGGGCAUUUUUUUUGUUCUGUGUACGAAAAAAUUAUAAAAUGUAGAUUUUAUUUGCUUAUAUUGAUAAAACAUAGUAAUUGAUGAUAUGUGAAUUAUGAUUAAUAGCUAUGCAAGUUGUUUCAUUUUAAUGCAUUUUAAUGCAUUAGUUUAACGUUAUGUUAUACGGUCGUACGAGUCUGAUACUGAUGUAUACGCUUAAAAAUUUAAGCUCCUAAUAGGUCUAUUCUAGUGAAGAAAAUAGGAGUGAAUAGGAAGCUUUUUUAUUGGCUAGUGAAAUCAUGAAUAUAAGUACAACUCAUCCAUAAAUAUAUAUCUUUCUCCUUUAGAAAAUAAAAAAAAUUCAAACAAUUGCAUUGCUCACAAUUGAUUGAUCACUGGGUGGUGAUCAAUGUCAUGCUUGUCUAGUCCUUAUUAGUGCAGAUCGAACGCUAUCGAUCAUGUUGCAAUGUGGCCACCAGUCUAGGUGACUCGACACUGCGGGCACUAUGUAUUGAGAUUUAAAUGGUGGUUGGAGGUAGUCAACAGGAAAUCCUGGACCCGGGUUUCGUGCUACUUGGCACUCGUCAGCAAGGUGUACCUGUAAUCUUGAGGGAACUGGUGUUCCCUGGUGGAUUCGAUCUCGUGUCACCCAGCUUCACAGUCAGAGACGUUACCACUGAGCUAUCCGAGCCGUGCUCUCUCUCGUUCCUAAGUAAGUGUAAAGCCAAAUCUUGGCCAGUAAGUGUCUCCAUAAGCAUCUUCCACUUAACAUUUGACUUGUCUGAUAGGUAAAGCGUAUCUUUCAGUCAAAUAGUAAGGAUCAACCUAGUUAGCUUCAUCAAGAACUCCACAGUGGCCUACUAUAGUAAGACAGGGAUAGAUUUUAGACUAAAAGUUAUUUAGUAGCCACAGUUGCUAAUUACGAAUAACUAGUACUCAAAGUUCAGAAAAAUACAUAUCUGCCUAUAUUCAUCAAACAAUUAAUACUGCUUAUUGCAUGUAACUACGUAAACCUUCACAAAACCAUUGCGAACUCAUUCGUUCUUGAACCUAGGCAAGAGAUUAUUUCAACCUGGAACUUAUUGUUUGAGGUUAAUUGUCAUCGCAAACUAAGGGUAAAUAGCAAAUUCUACUUUAAGUAUGCUUCUCCUUAUGCUACUAUAAACCUUUAUCAAUUUUAAUGGUUUGAGUAUUUAUUACACAUGCCUAUUCACUGGGUGCUCUGAUAUUUUAUCCUAGAUAAUGUAGAAGCAGAUUAGGAAAACUACCAGACUAAAACGUGAAAUCGCCUAAUUAAGUCAUUGACUGUUGAAGUGAACCUUGUCUCAGGAUGUAGACUGUUUCUACACUUCAGGCUGAACAUGAUCUAUUGUUAAAUAUUAUAUUUGUCAUCGUUUAUAGUCGGUCGAGUUAGCGAAGAUUUAUUCAUUUUUGAUCAUAUCUUUAGAACUUAAUGUAUUAUUUAAUCCCUUCUUUUUUAUUCUGUUGACUUUAUUCUUUUUCGAACCAUAUUCUGGAUCUUCAGUCUUCGUACUGUCAUUAUUAUUAUUAUUGUUGUAUCCAUUCCCUUGCUGUUCAUUUUGUUAUUCUCGUUUUGAAGCUUACUUAUUCGAUACUUGGUUGCGCGCAAUUGUUGUAACCAAACAGUUAAAGAUGUUGAAUGAUCUACUGAUUUAAAAUCAUUUGUAAUGAUGCAGAUCCACUUAUUGUUUGUCUUUACUUGGAUCUUAAGUCUUAAAUUAUCCUAAAUUUAUUAUUUAGUACAUUCUUUAUUUCUUUUCGAUUAUCAUUGUCUUUUUCCGUCUCUUUACUUCACUAAUUUAUUUUUCGUUGAAUUGUAUCUUCGAUGUCUAAUGUUUUCUAAUACGACUGAUACUGUCAUUACUUGUACUAUUCUGGGAUUUCGCUUGGUAAUUUUAUUUGUGCUUAUAGGGUAUAACAAUUUGAACCGAUGUGCAUAUGUAACAAGUUCUACGUUUUCUACUACCAUUGAUGAUGUAACUACUGCUUCUGUAGUGAACAGAACACGGGUGGGGACAAUCGGAUGUAUUUGGUACAAAAAUUACAGACCAUCUCAAUAAAAUCUGAAAACUAUAUAGUAAAUCGUCAAUUUGCAAAAUAUCAACCCAUCAUAUGAAACUGACUGUUCCUGUUGCAAACAUCAAUCCAUUGUCUCCCAUUUCAUUGUUCAUGCGUUUUCAUACAAAUUGCAUAGUGUUCUCGCUCUUCCUUUCUUGAUCUUUUUCCAUCUUCUGCUGCCAGACAUUACGUUUUGAACUCGCGUCAUAUACUACUUACAUCAAUAUAAGUAGCACGCACCACACUACUAAUCUGAUAUUUGUCUCGAUAGUUUCAUCUUGUUAUGUUAACAUAGUGUUGAAACUGGAACCGAUGCACAUCACUUCCAAGUUCUGUAUUACUUAAGGUUAUUUGACUUCUGCACUGUUUUACAAUGUGAACCAGAAAAUACAUUUUGGCUAAAUCUGAUCCAAGUUUAAUAACUAAAUAAUUGGUUAACUUAACUAUUUUCCAUCAAUAUGAACAAUUAUUAUAAAUAGAUUUUGUUUUCUCUUCACCUUUUUUCCGUUUUUAUUCGUAUUUAUCAUUAAUAGACAGUUAUUUAAUUAUUCACCUGGUGAAUUACAACGAUUAACAAUUGCGGCUGUAUGUUUUUAUCAACCAGAUAUGAUAUUUAUGGAUGAAUCUACAAGUCAAUUAAGUGUAGCUGAUGAAGCACACACCUAUUUAAGUCUUUCUAAAAGAAAUAUUACACCAAUUACAAUUGCACAUCAUAAUUCUGUUCGACAAUAUCAUUUGAUGGAAUUACAAUUAAUGUCUAUGGAUGAACAGACUACUAUUACUACUACUGAAACAAGUCAAUUGAAAAAAUGGAAGUUGAUUAAAAUUGAGUAAACUAUAUAUAUAUACAUGUGCAAUCUCAUUAUUGUCACCGUGUUAGACAAUUUAGAUUAUUCUCUCCAUAUUUUGUUUAAACGUCAACUUAUGAGUUUUAGUCAUUUCUUCCUUUCUGUUUUUUUUUCUAUCAUCCUCUAUGAUAGUAGUAGUAGAUUGUAAUCUUUUUAAAAUUAUAAUAAUAAGCUUGACCAACAUGUAUUUGUCAUAUUUGUAACUGUUAGUGCAAUAAAUGCGUUUAUUGUUACUUGUUUUAUGCGUGUAAUUCAUAUUCCACAAAUACGUUUUCUCAAGUUCCUACGGUUUGUUGGGUCUGUUUGGUUUUUCAACAACAACAAAAAAAGAAUUUCUGAUACCUUUACAUUGAUAUUUUUUGAAACUUGUAGGUAGGUUUGUUUCCUAAACUAUUUUAUCAAUAACCAUACAUUUUUUUCUGUAAUAUCGUUGAAAUUAGUUGCAAUAAGCUUACUGACAUCUCUUUAAUUCCUCAAUUAUUUAACUGUAGUUUGUAGAGUUAUAUUCACAAAGUACUGGAUACUUCUGUUUAAGAUGUAUUGUGUUAUUUCAAUCAGUUUCUAAAUUUCACGACAGAAUUUAUAAUUAGGAGUAUUGAAAUAACAGAAAUUUUGAUUCAUUUUGGUUUGAACAAUAAUUUUAGUUAGUUAAUGACAACUGCCAAAUAUACCUAGAAGAUAUAUCAGUAAGUUGUGAUCACUAAAACAAAUUGGUGAAAUUAUUAUCAAACCUAAGAUGUGGUCGCUAUCGCGUAAGUGUUUCCUGUUUGCUUAAUAUUUUUCACACAAAUAUGAAGGGUUUUUUUCAACAAUUUGUGUACAUUGUCUUAUAACUACCCACGUUUAUUCAGAUAUUGUUAUGGUUGAUUAUUUACGCGGAUGUUGUGGAUGUUUCAGUGGUAGGUGCAAGCUAUCUGUUUGGGAUCUGAGUGAUCAGUGAUUGAAAGUGUUGGGUGACAGGGCUUAUGGUUGACUAGAAUGUCACAGAUACACUAACUCAUUGUCGUCCAUCAGAUCUUGACUUUUAUUACCCUGUAGCGGUAAAUAAAUCCCCAAAAUAAAUAGCUCUGUAAGUUUUCGACAUUGGAUGCUGACCAUAUGUUUUAGUGGACUCAUCUAGCUGAAGGCGCUCGGUCAGACAUCCGCACCAGAUCACGUGUGGUAACGCCGUGCUCAACAUCAACCGCAAUCGCUAGCCAGAUUAGAUCAGAGAAUUCCGAUAUAUUGGUUAUCGCUAAAUACACUCUUCCGAUCUCCUCGACUCUGUCUUUUGAUUUCUCUGGGUGGGAACGAAAUAUAUUAGAAGGUGUUACUGGUAGAAGCGUUGUCAAACACUGAAUACCUGUGACAUCAUCAUUGGUGAGCCCGACGUGAUCUGGUACACCUUAUUGCAACUGUGAGUCUGUUCCUUUUUGGGAUUUUUUAUAUAUCAUUGCCUUUUCAUUUUUUUUUAAACAUUGUGAUUUUUUUUCGUGUUUUUUCUUGGAUAUAUAUAUAUUUUCCCC